AUGCCUGACUGGUUCCCCCUACCCUUCGACAAGUACAAGCUUCGCGCCCAGUCGUUCGACCUUCCCGAGCUCUACGCUGUCCUCGACGCCAUCUUUGCGCACGUCCGACACCACCCCGACAAAAUCGCGGCGCUCCGCACCGACGCCAACGUCCACUUCUUCAAGAACCACACGAGCAUGUUUGCGCGCGCCGCGAUUCACGCCUACUUCGACCUUCUGGCCUCGGAACUGCCCCGUGUGAGCGCCCCCCCCGCGAGGGCCGGAGUUGCUCCCCCCUCCCCAGCUGCACGCCGUGGGGGGAUCCCUCUCACGGCCUCUUUCAACGCCGCCCCAUCCCCCCCCUUGAGCGGACUCCAAUUCGGGGGGGACCUCACCACCCCCGUCGGGAGCCUCUCCUCAAGCUCGUCGGUGUCGCAGCUACCCCCCCGAAACGGAGCAUCCCCUCUGCUGUCUCCGAGCGAUCCUUUUGCGGGCGAGGGGCUUGAGAUGCUAGAUGAGCUCGGCGAUUUUGGUUCCCUGGAGGGGGGUCGCAGUCUGGGCUCCCUUGAGUCUGGGGACUUGGGGGAGGAGGACUGGAGCCGCCAAGGAGACCCCGUCGAGACCUUCCUAAUGGACUUUGAGAUGGAUGACGUCAGCGGUGGCCCGGAGGCGAGGCCCGCUGAUGUAAGCGUAAGCUUGGCAAACUUCGGCGGGAGCUCUACGGAUGUCAGGGGAAGCAUCGGUGAUGUCGGCGUGAGCUUUGACGUGGGCAGGAGCUCUGCUGAGGUCGGCGCGGGCCGUGCUGGCCUCAGCGGGGCUGCGAGCGGCGGCUCCUGCCAGAUCAGGGGGCGGGCGCGCAAGCGCCCUACUGACGUCAGCGUCGAACUUGGGGAGGACCCCCUUGGCUUGCGUGGGGCAGCUUUUGACCAGGGGCGUGCAGCAGGGGGGUAUGGUUUCCAGGAAAACGUGUUGAGGAUGUAUCCGGCAACGGUUGCCACGUCACCUGAGGCUGAUUCUGUGCUGAGAGGGUUGGCUGAGGCGAAGGCGCCGAAAGCGGGUUUAGAGAAAGGGCCUGGGCCGUUGACCCAGAAACUGGCACGAGUUGCCCGUGGGUUUGAAGUGGACGAAGAUUUGGAAAGUUGCUCAAAGGAAGGCUUUGAGGAUGGGCCGCUGGAUGAGACGUGGGGUAAAACAGAGGGGCUUUCCAAGGGGAGCUUGAUGAAAGGUCAGGUUGGAAGCGGGUUAGACUACAAGAAGGAGCUAAGCAGCGAGAGCUCUUUUGAAGACUUGAGGGCAGACGUUGACUCGCUGGCAGGAGAGCUUGAGGCAGUGACGUUGAGAGCGGCGGACGGAACCUUUGCGCCGAGUAUGGACGAAAAGAGGGGGGCGUUGUUGGACAGCGGAGCGAACGGGAAUGGCGGUUUGCUUCCUUGGGGCUUGCGGAGAGCUGCUGAUUCGAGGGGAAUUGACGGAGUGGCGCCAGCGUCAUGCAAGGGGGCUGGAGACAAGCGGAAUGGGAGAGAGAGCGGGGGCGGAGUGAAGAAGAGAAUGCACGAGUUGGAUAGGCGGCUUGGAGAGACGGGGGAGCGGGCACAGGCACGGCGACGAGAACUAGAGGAGUCUGAUCGUGUCCUAGGCGAGCCCAUUAGCCCCAUCAACGCUGACGUCAUUCUGGAGACACUCCAGUCGGAGGCGGUCUUCGAAGCCUGCGCCAGGGGUGGAGCCGCUUACCAGGAG